CGCGCAUAGGAAGGGCGCUGGCGGUCUACAGCCCCGAAGCAUAACACCAUGUAAAAGUAUAAAAAGGACACAGAAAGCAAACUAUUGACUUUUCCAAUUAUUAGUUCCGUCAGUCCACGCGUCGGGACAACGCUUGCUGUUGGGAAGAGAGCGAAUGGCCAGUGAAAUCACAGAUUAAUCCCGUGAAAGGUAGGUAGCAGACAGAUACCAUGCAGAUAAGCGAUGGCCCCAGUUACUCCCCUGUCUUUGUGGCCCCGUCCAACGGUAUCCACCGGUCGGCAGGAUUCGUCCCCGGCAGGGUCGUACCCGUCCGCUCCCCGCCUCCGACCAAGGCCCCACCCCAUCCCCCCCUGAAGCCCAUUGGCACGCCUCCUGAGCGCCGGGCGACCUUUAGCCUAUCAGAGGAAGGCCAGCGCCUAGAGCGUGCUCAGAGUCUGAGGAAGAAUACCUUAAUCUGCUUCGGUGUCUCCCUGGGGGCCUUCUUCCUCUCGCUCAUCCUCAUCCUCAGCCUCACCAGUGGAGACGUGUUGGACGAGAACUGUCCAGACCACAGCUCCUCCCUGAGCAGCUGGAACCCAGGUCACAACCCAGAGAAGGCCAUGGUCGUUCGGAGGGGAGAUCUGUUUCGAUUGGACUCUUCUGCCACCUUAUACUCCCUAACCAUCCAAUCAGGAGGCCGAGUGGUCUUUGCAGACAAUACUGAGGGCUCCAAAAACAUCACUCUCAGGACGCGCCAUGUGCUGAUUGAAGAUGGGGGUUCGCUGCACAUCGGUGCCCCCAAAUGCCGCUACCGCUCCCAGGCCACAAUCGCCCUGCUGGGCCGUUCGGACGAGAAGUCUGUAGCUGAAGUACCGGAAUUGGGACGGAAGUUCAUCGGGGUGCGUGGAGGUGCAACCCUGGAGAUUCACGGGAUGGAGAGGCUGUCGUGGACCCUCCUGACCCGCAGCGUUCCCUCCUCUGGCCUAGCCACGGGGGGCUAUGCCUUCCAGCGCAACUUUAGCCGUGGCAUCAACCUGCGUGUGGUGGACCAGGACACGGCCAGUGUGCUGUUCAGCGAGCGCUACGACACGCACGAGUCACGCAACGACAGCCGCCGGCUCACGCAGCUGCUCCAGUCGCUGCCUGCGAGGCGCAUCGUCACGCUGGCCGUGGGAGACUCGGCUGUCAAGAGCCUGCUGGACGAGACCAAGAGAACCAUCCAGAGCCUGCUUGGUAGUACGUACGUCCAUGAUCUCAAAUACAGGCAGGCCUGGGCCCUUGUAUCUGUGAUUGGUGGAGGGAACGGCUCGUGUUCCGAAGACGUGCGGGAACACGAGAACCAUGGAACGGGAGGGAAGGCGCUGGCCCGGCAGAACUUUACCACUGUGGACGGGGUCGGCUUCUCUGUCACAGCCUACAGCGAAUGGAAGAACGGUUUUCCCAUAUCUGGGUUCCAGGUGGAUGCUGUGGACCAGGUAGUCCUAAACCUGCAAGAUGAUGUACGCACUUGGCAACCUGGGAACCAGGUUGUGGUUGCCAGUACUGACUACUCCAUGCAUCAGGCAGAGGAGUUCACCCUCCUCCCCUGCCCGCACUGCACCAGCAGACAGGUCAAAGUUCAAGGGAGGCCCCAGUUUGGCCACGUGGGGGAGAUUGUGGACGGGGUGGACAUGCGGGCGGAGGUAGCAAUGCUCAGCAGGAACAUACUCAUCUAUGGGGAGAUGGAAAACGCCUGCUAUGGAAACAACUGGUGCCAGUUCUUUGGCCACGACACAUACGGCGGACACAUAAAGAUAUUUGGGAACUUUACCUCGGUGCACCUGUCCCACGUGGAGCUGAGGAACAUGGGGCAGCAGGUGCAGGGCCGCUACCCGGUCCACUUCCACCGCUGUGGGGAUGUGGACCGACGAGGGGGCUACCGGGAACCAGCCUACGUGGACGGCCUCUCCAUCCACCACUCCUUCUCCCGCUGCAUUACCAUCCAUGCCACCAACGGCCUGCUGGUGAAGGACACCGUGGGCUAUGACACCCUGGGUCACUGUUUCUUCCUGGAGGAUGGGAUAGAGCAGAGGAACACGUUCUUCCACAACCUGGGUUUGGUGACCCGACCGGGAACGCUCUUGCCCACCGAUCGCAACGAGACCAUGUGCACCAGCAUCCGAGACAAAGUGUACAAGAACUACACGCCUUCGCCGAGCAUGGAGUGCAAGGCAGUGUCUACGUUCUGGAUCGCCAAUCCCAAUAAUAACCUCAUAAGCAACGCUGCUGCUGGCUCCCAGGAUGCAGGGAUAUGGUAUGUGUUCCACAGCUCAUCCACAGGGGACUCUCAUGGGCUGGUUCCAGAGACCCGGGCAGAGCUGACCCCUCUGGGGAUCUUCUACAACAACCGUGUGCACUCCAACUUUAAGGCUGGGCUCUUCAUUGAUAAAGGUGUGAAGACCACCAACGCUAGUGCUGCAGACCCCCGGGAGUACCUGUGUCUGGACAACAACGCCAGGUUCCGUCCACAUGAGAAUGCAGACCCAAACCGGCCGCGGGUGGCUGCUCUCAUCGACACACUCAUCGCCUUCAAGAACAAUGACCUCGGAGCCUGGAUACGUGGCGGUGACAUCACCAUUCAGAACUCUGGAUUUGCAGACAAUGGGGUGGGACUCUCCUUUGCGAGUGAUGGUAGCUACCCUAAGGAUGAGGGCUCCAGUCAGGAGGUGACGCAGUCUCUGUUUGUGGGAGAGAGCUGGAACCGUGGCUCCAACGGAGGUCAGAACAAGUACUGGGGCCAGGGAGGAGCAGAUGGCAAGAUGAGGACACUACCCAGGAACAGGACAUUCCCGAUCCGUGGUUUCCAGAUCUACGACGGUCCUGUUCGGCUCACCCAGAGCACGUUCCGAAAUUACGUCCCGACGUCGGAGCGCUUCACCAGCGCGGUGGGCUUCAACCUGAAGAACACCUGGCAGCUCACGCCUCGCAACAACCUGUCCAAGCUCAGCUUCCAGCCCACUGUGGGUCUGAGGGCGUUCUUUGGGCGCCCGGGCCAGUGGUUCGAGGAGAAUGAUCUGGACGGGGAUAAGAACUCCAUCUUCCAUGACGUGGACGGCUCUGUGACGGGCUACAGGGACGUGUAUGUGGGCAGAGCAGACAACUACCUGAUCCGUCACCCUGACUGUGCCAGCAUCACCCAGUGGAGCGGGUUGGUCUGCAGUGGCACCUACUCUCAGGUGUAUAUCCAGACACAGAGAGCUCCCAGCCUCAGUCUGUCCAUCAGUAGAGAUGAGUACCCUGAGGCUCCUCUGGUGCUGAGAGGUAUAAACAGCCAGGGGGCACUGUCCCAGCAGUAUCAGCCUAUCCUCAUGAUGAGCAAGAGCUACACCCUGCACUGGGAUGGCCCGGCUCCCAGAGAGAUUGUCCUCUCCCUCAUCAACUUCAACCAAGAUGACUGGGUGCUGGUGGGCCUCUGCUACCCACCUGAUACUACCUUCCAGGUCAUGGCUGACAUCAGCGACCGCCAGAGCAACACCUUCGAUGACAUCACCGACUACGGGCCCUUGUACUCCCUCGCCGAACUGGAGAAGAAGCCACUGGAGAGGAAGUACUUCUUUGACCGCAUUGUGGGAUUGCUGUGGCUGUAUUUGCGGGCGAGGCAGGGACGCGACGGCCACAGCUACUGCUCGGUUAAGGGCUGCGAGAGGGUGAAAGUGAUGGCCACCACGUCGUCCUCCAAACUGAUCUGUAACUGCACGGCCAAGGCCUAUCCCAAAUACACCAAGACCCCCUCGGCAGUGGUCCCCAUGCCCACCCUCAGCACCCAACCUUGCAGGGACUGUGGAGCUUCCCAGCUGGUGUUUUCCAGUGACCCGUGGAAUGCCUACCUCCAAACUCAGAUCAAAUCUCUCAGCAGCAAGGAGCAGCAUAGUGGAGACACACAGUCCUUUAUUACUGUGAACAGUGAGACAUUCUCCUUCACACAACAAGGCUUCUUCCUGGUCUCUGUGGACGCCUGCUCUGGAAAAGUCACAAAGAAGUCGUCUUUCUCCAAAAUGGACUCUAAAAUGGAGCAGUAUCUUAAAACUGGAAUACCAAAAAGGUCAAUAGUGCUUCUGGGAACGCGAGGGCAGCCUGAUGGCUUAGCUGGUGUUGCACCGUAUCUGGUCCCCCUGGGCAUGGCCAAGGCAGCAGAUCUGCAGAGUAAAGAGAGCCUGGUGUUUUGGGGGUUCCAGGGUGGCUCUGCCCCCCCUCCGUGGGCCUCUAUCCUGGCUGGGCAGGGUGAGGAGGGGCUGGGGCUGCAGGAGCGCUACCUCCCCCUGGGCCUGGAGGCCUAUGGCUGCACACAGACCAGCACACGCAGAGACAUGGAGCUACUUAGGACUGCCACAGGACCACAGUGACCAAUGUGAACACAACUUACCCAAAACAGUACCAACCAGCGAAUGAAUGUGAACUGCUAUUAUUUAUUAUUUUAUUGGCAAAGAUGUUUACUAAUUUGGGGGGUAAUUUAGUGCGUGCGUGUGUGUGUGUGUGUGUGUGUGUGUGUGUGUGUGUGUGUGUGUGUGUGGACGUGCCUGCCUGGAUGUGGUGUGUGUAUGGGGCUUGGGGAGGGUCUGUAGAGGCAUGGAAAUAUGCACUUUCCUAGACACAAAUGAUUUUGAUCAGCCAGUCAUCUCACUUAUGGAUUCAUAUUCAUAUUCAGCCUACAAUGAAAACAACCAAAAAGACCCUGCACAUCAGCCAUAUUUGAACAAAUUAGACUGGGAACAGGAAAUCAGUGGGGAUGGAAAGCAGAUGAAGCAAAUGAACAAAGUAACCACAUCAAACUCAUGUGGUCUGUUACUCCUAUCCAGUUCCCCCUGAUGGGUUUUUGUUUCAGGCCAGCGUUUGACCUGUCUGCUGCUCACCACAUCCAUAGAUGAAACGCAUCAUUAAGAAGAGGACUGAAAAAGCAAACCAAAGGAAAAACACUCAUUAUUACACUCAUUUUUUUGUCUGUUUCCUCGCUACUUUUUUCUGCCGUUUUUGCACGUCCCUGGGGGUGUUUUGUUCAGCUACUAGAUCUGUUAAAAUUGGAUUGUACUAAACAAAUCAUCAAAGUGCAGCUAGCUGUAUUCGAAUGAACAAAUUUGGUAUGGGAUUACAUUGAGACUGUUGCAUUUUCAACAAACCUUUUUUUUUCUUCUCCAAGGAUGUGUCUCUUUUUGUAACAUAUAUUUAUCUGAUCUCUACACAGUGACACUUUCCCCAGGGCUGGCUAUGUGUGCAGCCGAGAUGGAUUGUUUCUCUUCUUCUUCUUCUCAUUAUCUCACCAUUUGAAACUGCGUUUCCAACUAAUUUACCUUUUAGUAUGGUUAUGUGCACUCCCCUACGUAUUUAUUUGUACAAUGAAGCUAAAACGUUUAAUUUGGCUCUAUUCUCCAUUUUGGAUUUGAGAUCAAAUGUUUUAUGAAGCGACAGUCAGAAUGUCACCCUUUAUUUAAGGGUAUUUUCAUACAUCUGUUAUGAGGUUUAGAAAUGAAUGCUCUUUAUGUACAGUAUCUAGUCGCCCCCAUUUGAAGUUGUCAUAAGUAUUUUGACAAAUUCACUUAUAGUGUAUUCAAUUUAGUCAAAAGUUGAGUAUUUGGUUACAUAUUCAUAGCACGCA